ACGCGUUGUUCGUUUCUCUUGACAACAAAAGCGGCAAAAUGGAGUACACGGGAAGCAAAUAUGAGGGAGAUUACAAAAAUGGAAGAAUGGAAGGAAAAGGAAAUUAUGAAUUCCCCACAGAAACAAAAUAUGAAGGAGAAAUGAAAGAUGGAAUGUUUCACGGAAAGGGAACUUUAUUUUUUCCCAAUGGUAGCAAAUAUGAUGCCACUUGGGAAAAUGGUGUAGCGGUACAGGGAAAAUACACAUUUGCUGACGGAUUAGCAUAUGAAGAAGAAAACUGGGAAUACUGUGAUGGUUAUGACAGACGAUUUUACACAGAAAUUUGCAAAGGGUUAAAACCAGCAGGCAGAUCACAAUUGACCAAUCGUGUGCCACCGCGGGAAAUUCCUGAGGGCUGUUACGAUUGUGGCGAUGGCUUCUACAACCCAAAAACAAGAGUGGUUGUUGAUUAUAAUCAUAAAUUUUUAAGAAAUGCAGAUGAUGAUGAACAUGACUGGAUUGUUAAAACGUGUCGGAAAGGCUGGGAUGAAUAUGUAGGAUAUAAAAAAUCUGCUGCUUAACUCUAGAAAUAUUAAAACAUAACUUUAAAAAUAACAAAAUGUUCAUGUGAAGAUGGUGUAGUCAUUCUUGUAAAUAUACUUCAUUUUUCAUUAUUUGUAAUAAAUCAUCAAUCAUUC